UUUUGUUGUCUUUAAAGAUGGAGAGGAUGCAAGGAAGGAAGGCAGAGAAUGAAGACAGAAGCUUGGUAGAUUUGGUGUUUUCCUGGUCUCUAAGAGAUGUACUUUACAAAGAUCUUUACAGAAAUAAGGUCAGGAAGAUCCCGGAUACAUUCUUGUCAACAUCUCAUUACUUGACAUCAUUCAUUAACCCACUUAUUGAGGAAACGCAUGCUGAUUUGUCUUCAAGUAUGACUACAUUGGCCCGGGCACCUAUAUGUGAAGUGCUCUCGGUCAAAAUAUCCAAAGAUUAUAAGCCUCCUAGAGACUUGUUCUACGAAAUUUCAUUGAAGAGACUGAGGGAUACUGCAAAUGAAGCAGGAAUAUAUGAACCUGAGAAAGGAGAUCUCAUUGCAUUUACAGAUGUAAGACCAAAAUGCAUUAGUGAUUUAGACAGGCCUAAGAGACCAUAUGUUAUUGCUUUAGUGCAGGGACCACUGGGUGAAACUUCUAACAAACUUCCAAUACUCUCUUCAAAACCCAUAGAGUGCUUUGAACAUAGGAUGGAGAUGGAUCAUAAGAGAGAAACAGAGGUGGAUAAGAAGAAAGAAACUCUUUUUGCUGUUUUUCUCAUAAAUAUGACAACGAAUCUUCGUAUAUGGAAGGCAUUGCAUUUGGGUCAGGAAAGGGGCAACAUGAGUUUAAUUGAGAAAGUGCUGCAAUCUGAUUCUGCUGCUGAGAACACAUGUACUCUCUGCUUCUCCAACCCUGCAUCAGUUUGGGACCCCAUAACCCGUCCUUUUAAUCUAAAUGACUCUCAACAAGCUGCUCUUUCAAGCUGCGUUGCAGCAAGGAAGUGUGAUCAUCAAAAUAGCGUAAAACUAAUAUGGGGGCCUCCUGGGACUGGAAAAACAAAGACAGUUGGUACAUUAUUGUUUGUGCUCUUUAGGAUGAAAUGCAGGACAGUUACAUGUGCCCCAACUAAUAUUGCAGUGAUAGAAGUCACAACACGGCUGGUGAGGUUGGUUAGAGAGUCAAUAGAAUGUGGCAGUUAUGGACUGGGAGAUAUAGUUCUAUUUGGGAAUGGAGAAAGAAUGAAGAUUGAUAAGCAUGAUGACCUUCUUGAUGUCUUUCUUAAUUUCCGUAUCAAUAUUCUGGCCAGGUGUUUUGCUCCUCUUUCUGGUUGGAAACAUUCUGUAGAAAGUAUGAUGAGUUUGCUUGAAGACCCUGAAGAAUUGUACGAUAAGUAUCUGAAGGAAAGCGGAGAGAAAGAUGAUGAAGAUGAGGAAGAGGAUGAGGAGGAGGAGGAGGAGGAGGAGGGAAUUCUCAGAGAUGAAAAGCUAGAAAUCAAUCGAGAAAGAGAAGGAAAGAUCCAUCCACAAUAUUUCAAAGAUGUGAAGGAAAAGAAAAUUUGGAGGAAUAUUAUUAAUCAAACCUUGAAAAAGAACAAGAAAAAACAGCAGGAGAGUGUAUCUUCUCAGGAGAAUGACCAAUUGAAAGAUGAUAAAGGAGAGAAUGAGGAUGAGCUCGCCCAAAAAAAGAACAACAAAAUGGUAGCCAGUGGAAAGAAUGAUGGUUUGUUAACAUUCCAAGAGUUUGUAAAGAAAAGAUUUGAUUCCACUGGAGAGAAACUUAAGUUUUGUAUCAUCAAUUUGUAUACCCACUUACCAACUUCAUUCAUUUCUAUAGAAGUUGCAAAGAACAUGAUCAAAGCCCUUGGUUUACUAGAAUCCACUGCAACUUUGCUGCAUAGUAGUACUGUCUCCUUCAAGCGGUUGAAGGAAAACAUCUGUGAAUUUGAACAUGUAGGAAAAGCAGUUGAUCAAUUUUCCAAAUUGCACCGGUACAGACAAGAGUGCCUUCAAAUACUCAGAUGCCUUCAUCAGACACUCCCUGUUCCAACUUUUUUCUUAUAUGAUGAAAUAAAAAACUUUUGCUUGUGCAAUGCAAGCUUGAUUUUCUGCACUGCUUCUAGCUCAGCAAAAUUACACAUGGCAGGAAUGAAGCCCUUUGAAUUAUUGGUUAUUGAUGAAGCUGCUCAGCUUAAAGAAUGUGAGUCAGCCAUUCCUCUACAACUUGCUGGUCUCCGCCACGCCAUUCUUAUAGGGGAUGAGCUGCAACUACCAGCAAUGGUUAAAAGCAAGAUUUCUACAAGUGCUGAAUUUGGAAGAAGUUUGUUUGAGAGACUGGUAUCAUUGGGACACAGGAAGCACCUUCUCAAUCUUCAGUAUAGAAUGCAUCCAUCUAUUAGCUUAUUUCCAAAUCAGGAAUUCUACAACAAUCAGAUUUCAGAUGCUCCCAAUGUCAAAGAAAGAAGCUACAAGAGGUGUUUCCUUCAGGGAGACAUGUAUGGUAGCUACUCUUUUAUUAAUGUAGCCUAUGGAAAAGAGGAACAAAUUAACAGCCAUAGCACUAGAAACAUGGUGGAGGUAGUGGCAGUCUCAGAGAUAGUUGCAAAGCUUUUCAAAGAAUCUGUUGCCAACAAACAGAAGGUUAGUGUUGGUGUUAUAUCUCCAUACAAUGCUCAAGUUUUUGCCAUUCAAGAAAAACUUGGAAAGACAUACAGUACAAGUACACACAGUGACUUCUCUGUGAGUGUUCGUUCUGUUGAUGGGUUUCAAGGUGGAGAGGAGGAUGUCAUUAUCAUCUCAACCGUAAGAAGUAAUUUGAAUGGAAAAGUAGGUUUUCUUUCCAAUUGGCAAAGAGCAAAUGUGGCUCUGACCCGAGCAAGGCAUUGCCUCUGGAUAUUAGGGAAUGGUCCAACUUUAGCAAACAGUGGCACUAUAUGGACAAAAUUGGUCAGCAAUGCCAAAGCUCGUGGGUGUUUCUAUAAUGUUGAAGAUGACAAGAACUUGGCUCAGGCUAUUGCCACAUCCUUGGUCGAGCAUGGCUAUUUUCAUCUUUUACAGAAUAUGGAUUCAUUACUAUUUAGGGAAGCAAGAUGGAAAGUCUGUUUCAGCGACGAUUUUUGGAAGUCCCUGGCUAAAAUUAAUAGGACAGAGAUUAACAAGGAAGUGCUCCGUCUACUGGAGAAGCUUUCAAGCGGAUGGCGUAGUCCUAACAAUGAGAAAAUUCCCAAUGCCAUAACCGGGACUUGUUCUGAGCUUUUCCAGCAGUACAAGGUCAAUGGGCUACUCGAUCUAGUUUGGACUACAGACAUUUUCAAGGAAAAUUCAAACUGCACCCAAGUUUUGAAGGUUUGGGACAUUCUACCACGGUCUGAAACAUCAAAACUAGCUAGGCGUCUAGAAACCUUGCUUGGGAACUAUACAGUGAAUGACAUGAAUCGCUGCAAAGUCAAAUGCAUAGAAGGGAAUUUAGAAGUUCCUAUGAGAUGGCCAGGGAACAUGAACGACACUGGGAAGAGUCUCCUCCUUGGAGAUGACCCAGGAGAGUGGCUGUCAAGGUCAAUUGCAUCACUCAGGAUAUGGGAUAAAUCAGAUUGAUCUGCUGCAAGAUUCAGGUGAGAUCACAGAAAAACAAUAAAAGGGCUGCUGUGUUUUGUAUUGGUAGUAUACCAUAUAUGAUCAUCUGAACUACAAAAUGGAGAGCAGAGAGGUUUCUACAGAAUGGGGCUGAGAAAGGGGAUGAUGAUGAUGAUGCCUAUGAAUAAUCAUUCUUGAAUUCAGCACAGAAAUUGUUCGACUAUAAGCGAUAUAGCUUUAAACUUUAUUGAAAUUUGUAAAUGUUCAACAAUGGCAGUAUGUUCGCGUAUUGAUUCGAUAGUAUGAUUAGCAAAUGUUGGUGA